CUCUUUGUUAUUAGUGGAGAGAGAGAGAGGGGGGACAGUCAACACAGUAAUAGAGACUUUGUGGGAGGGAGUUUGAGCAUAGGGAGAGAAAAACAGGAACAAGGUUGAUAAGACGGUUCCAAAGUUCACCUGCAGCACACCUGGGGAUGGGUGCGCCUCUCCCUAAGCUGGUCAGAGAUGGUUCAGGUCGUGGAUAGGAUAUCCUAUGAAGCCCAGAGCCGCUAUGUGGCCUAGGAAGGUCAUAGUGCUACUCCUGUACUGCUAUGGUUGUUCCGCCAUUGGUGAAGGGAAGCCAUGCUUCAUCUCUAGGAAUUUCAACACUGUGCUCCACUGGAACAAGUUCGACAGCCCAGAUGAAGGGGUCCUUUACAGUGUCCAUUACAAAAGACACGGAGAGCCAUACAAGCCGAAGAUUGAGUGCCAGAACAUCACCACUCUUUCUUGUGACCUCACUGCAGAGACACCAUACAUCUAUCAAAAUUCCUACUAUGCUGAGGUUUUCGCCGACAGUCACUCACUAGGCCGUACAGCACUGUUUAAACCUCUGAGAGACAAAACUGACAACAAGCAACGUCCUACCUCCAAUGUGGCACCCUCCAGGAGCCAUCACCUACUCCAUUGCCAAGUUGUAUCAUUACCCUGUAGGGUUCUCCUACGGUGACUGGUAAACUCCAGAUGGGGCCAAAGUUCACCAGCAGCGGAUCUGGGUCCUAUUCCCCCCAGGACGAACCCUCCUCCAUUGUCCAGCCCAGGCACUGUGACACCUACAUGGGCCAGCAGGGUCCACCCCCAGGGCACUCCAACAACAGCACCCAGUCCUCCACCAACUAUUGCAUGGUCGUAGUGCAGGUGGCUAAUAAAGGUGUGGAGGAAGAAUGCCAUCGCCAUCCAAGACAACAUCAACUCUCCAUGGUCAUCUGAAUCCAGUGACCACAAACCCAGUUGGGUUCAAGGUGGCCCAGUUUUGUUUUCGCGUGGAGCACCACCUGAGCCGAACCGGUGUGUUGGAGACAGGAAAUCAACAGGGCACACCCUGGUACUGCCCACAUUGCGGCGUAUUGAUGGCCUACUGCAGUUGUCCACUUUGCUGCUCCAGCCAGAGACACAGAGUGACAUGGCCAGCAUGGCACUGCCUACCGACGCUGAGGGGAAGCCCCUUUUGUGGGACCUAGACAACACUGGGCAAGGGGCAUCACUAUUGUCUGAUCUGGUCACCACGGGGGAGACAGAGUGGUUGGACCCUGGUACAGGGAGAGAGGAGGAGAGAACAAUAUACACCCCAGUCUCUCCAAUGUGUUUCAAUAACUCCAAUGACUCACCAUCUCACUCCAUACCUCCCAUCAACCUUGCAGACUGCGAGACCUCAUCAAUGACAUUCUUGUCUGGUUACAAACAACACUGGGUACCCCUUGCCCCUCUAGGGCUAACAGCAGAGGAUAACUUUGGGAUUUCCUCAUAUGCUCCACAACAGGCUUGGAUUGAUCGGGAGGAAGAAGCGGAAGAAGGAGAGGAAGGAGGAGAUGAACGAAUCCGUGAAUUCUUUCUGGGAGGUUGGGUGGUACAAAUUCUUUAGUUCUCCUAAAAUAAUCUUAAGGGCCUCUGUGCCUGUUCGCUCUGUUCGGGUCCCCAAUGUACGUCAGAGACAAGUUCCGUCUCACCGAGUCUUCACAAAGUGCAGGGAGAAGUUGGAAGGAGCAGAGAGAGGGUUUUGGCGGCGGUGCAGUGGGGCUUUCACGGUCCCUCUCCUGCCUGCUAUGGAGCUUGUGAUUCAGAAACAAGAACAGGAUUCUACUCCAGUAUCCAGCACACAUGGCCCCCUCAAUGGGGUCCUACUGAAUCAAAGCUAUAAUUUUGGCCCUUUUUUAAACAUUAUGACUAAUGUAGGACGUAGGAUCAAGUGUUGUAAAAACUUUAGGAUCAAGGAUAUAAGAUCAAAUGCCGUAAAAUAGAUUUGUGUACAUUAUAUUGUGACGCUCUAUAUCAUUUGCAUACUGUGCAACAGUUCCAGCAAUAGGCUAGUUCUACCAAUAUAUGUGUGCAGACAUCUACACACAUCUUAAUGUACACGCACAUGUUCAUUUAAAUCAUGACCGUGAAGUUUCUGUUUCAUUUGAAGAAAUGAAAUGGACAUCCGUGAUUCAAGCUCGGUGGCAUAGGGUAGUAAACAGCCAGUCCUCUUGUGUCAUAAUGUCAUCGGCACAAAGCUUUUCAUUUCAUCAUACUUUGUCUCUUUAUUUAUUGUUUCUUGUUCUUCAUAUUAUCUGUGUUAAUAUUCCACGUUAUAUGCACCACAAUGCUGAAGAAAAUAUGACUGACAUUUUCACGAGUUUUAUAGCAACAAUUGAAAUUCAUAUUAGCAUUGAAGGUGAUGCACUGUAUACAUGCACUGUAUACAUUUCUAAAAAUAUUAUUGUCAGAAAUAAAAAAAGGGGGCAGCGUGA